AUGGAUACCGAUGAGUCUAGAUUUCUAGAGGAUUUUAAUAUUAACAACAAUGCUGAUGCGAUAGAUGCUGACACAGUCAAUGAUAUUGACGUUGACCCAACCAGUGUUGUGGAUCCAAUAAUUUCAGAUCCUGCUGCAGUGGUUACUAGAACAAGAGUACCACAAAUAAAGCUGACAUCUGAAAGAUUGCUAUGCCAGAAAGGGCUGCCGUUUAUAAUGAAAAAUGCGCCCAAAAGAAUAAGGAUUUCGAAAAGAAAAUCAAAUUACGAUAACUUAUCCAAUAUUGUUCAAUUUUAUCAAUUAUGGGCCCAUGAACUAUUCCCUAAGGCACGCUUCAAGGAUUUUAUUAAGUUAACUCAUGAUCUUGGCAAAACAGAUAGACAAUUACGAGAAUAUAGGCUUGAUUUACUUUGUUCACAGCUAGGCCUACCUACCAGUAAAGAAAUGUACCAAGAAAAUAACAGUAAUGAUAAUAUUAUUCCAGAAGAAACAAAUAAUGAAAGUGAUUUAAACCAAACUUUAAAAUUCCAAAAUGCUGAACAUACUACUUCUAUUAAUACUAACCCAGUAUUAUCUUAUAAUCUAAAUACUAAUCAAAGCUCUCCAAUUAUUAACCAGACACCAAGCACUACGAAUAGCGAAGAACAAGAAGAUGAACUAUAUAUCAUAUCUAAAACUAAUAAAUCCACUUACGCACAACAAAAUUCCAGUUCUACUAGCUUUAAUACAGAUGAUAAAAAUAGAGAAAAUCAAAAUCAACAAAGGGGUUCGGUAUCUGGAACUCCAGCCAGAAUACAGAUAGUAAAUAACGCUGAAUUAAAUCUGCCAAAUAGUAAAGGUUUAAGUGCCACUAAGAAAGCUUCAUUUUCUGAAUUAGAAGAUUUAGAAAAAGAGUUAUUAUUUGAAUCUAAUUCUAAACUUUCACUAAACAAUGAGGCGGAUGUACUAGAACAACAGCAAUAUAAUGACAAUUAUGAAGAUGAUGAAGAUGCAAUGAGGGAAAUGGAACAGUUUGACAUGUAA